AUGAGUGAUUUUGAUUCUAUUAAAAAUUUCGUAGAAGAAUAUUAAAAAUUAAAUGUUCCUUUAAAUGCUUUAGUGCAUAAUGCUGGCACUAUGAAUAAGGAUAAAUAACUAACAAAAUAAAAUAUAGAAUAUAAUUUUGCCACUAAUGUUGCCGGUGUGGCCCUUAUGACUGAAAAGUUUAUUCCUUUAAUGGAAAAAACAUCUUAGACUGCUGAAGAUAAAGCAAAAGUUGUCCUAGUAAGUAGUGGAGGUAUUUAAUUCUAUUCAAUGCAUCCAGGAUGGGUUAGAUACACCUGUAUUACCUGUAGCUAUGCCAGAGUUUUAUAAAAGAUAUAAAAAUGUACUUAGCGGAGAAUUUUAUUUUGA